AUGGUAGAAGAUACUUGCCUAAGGCGCCGUGCAGUAGGAUUGAAUCUGGAAAUACGUGGUUGCAAAGAACUUCAUUGUGUCCUACGUACGGGAAAAGAACUGAAUGUUACAAAGAAGUCACGAAGCGAAGAGGAAGGUAGCGAGAAUAGCCAACACACGGGAGAAAACAAAGAUGGCGUCAACGACAGUCUGUCUGAUUCAUCUGACGAAAUACAGAGCGACAAUCCUGACACAGACCUUCCUCCUUGUCAGAUAUUGGAGAAGACAUCACGCACUCUCAACUCCUCCGUCACCCUUACAAAGCCGUCGCUGACAAUGUCGCCAAAUCCGGCACAGAAUUUCACCUCGAUGACCUCACAAUGCCAGUACUUGAAUGGUGGCCGUGGUUACACUCAAGCUUGUAUGGGUGAGCAAAUGUACUACCCUCACCAUCCGAAUACGGGGCGCUCACCAUCAAGUUCUUUCCUUCCGGUCACCACAUCAACGCUACUUCCGCCGGUAUCGUCCAGCCUCAGCUUACACCCUGUAAGUCCUCAACUGCAAGCAUGUCGUCUUUCUGGACAAACUAACGCAUGUGCACUGGCUCAAAGCACUUCUCAUCUGAACCCAGCCACCCAGGGCUACGCUAUUCGGACUUCUCCACAGCAGAACCACCCGUCUUUGCCUUCGUGCACCUAUAUGCAGACUGCCCAACCAUAUCCAACAACGUUGACACCCAACGUUCACAUGAUGAACAUGAACUUUACAGGACCUAUGGCGUGACAGUAUAUUCAAGUUGCCUACAGGUGGCGACACUGUAUAGAAAAUAAUUGAAUGAAAAUAAGCCCUAUUGGGAUAACACCACAUAGAGGUGUUUUCUGCAAUCGGAAAACUCAAGGUUAUAUCUAUUGAGACAAAACAAAACAUAUGACUAAACUAAAGACAAAUGAUUUUACAAACAAAAUUUUAAAAAUAUAAGCUAAAAUACAAAAAAAA